AAGUUGAAGUCAUUUUAGAGGGCGGAGGAAGAAAAAGAAACUGUCAGACUAGUGGAAGGGAGGAGACUAAGCUGUCAUCACAGUGACAUACUGCUUUUUCACCUCGCCAAUAAAAUGUCCUCAGCUCAUUUGCAGGCAAGCAAAUGUCAAGCUUUUGGACCAGAAUAUGUGUAUCGUUGUGAAUACUGCGCAUGUGAUGGCUUCUGCUGUGGAACUAUCGGCUCAUCUGCAUAAGUAGAUGAUUUCUAGAUGAAGCACACCUAUGGAAAAAGUCAAUGUGCUUUUUCGUUCUUCUCCAGAGACCAUAACAUGCAGUAAAUAUGGAAGACAGACUCAAACUGACACAAGAUCAUUCAGCUGGUGCUGCCAAUGAUACAGAAUCGCACCUUCAGGCCUCUAGAUCACCAGCAGGGAACAGUACAGCACCUAAAUGGACUAAUGGCCAGCGUGUGUUGGCUGUUCCCAGUUCCUCUGUGUUCAGCCCAAGGUUUGACCUUCCACUCUGUCGAGGUGUACUGGAGCAAGAGGGCUUUAAGAUCCCUACACAAGACUUUGAGGCACCUCUUCAGAUAGCUCUGGGCAGUCCAUUUGUUCGCAGAUUCCUCUUUUUCAACUCCAACCUCUUCAACUUCAUCCUAGGCCCAGUGCUGUAUGUAGUGCUGUGGUGUGCUUUCUACUCUACUGUGCAUCUUUACCUGGUGGAGGCCACCACAGAUUUUUGGGUUCUUUGCCUCUGUGUCAGCCUGGCGUCCAUCAUCUUCACCACAGCCAUUCUCCUUAUUCUCCACCACAGCAGCAAAGAGAUCAACAUCAACACAGACAUCCGGCUGAUCCAGGUGAAUGAAAGGCUGAUUAGACACUCUCUGCUGAUAGGGGUAGCAGACUGGGUGCAUCACUGUACAGGGACACUGCAGCUCUUCUGUGUCUACUGGGAUUUGACACCGUGCUUGGCCGGCCUCACUCAAGCCCUUGAGGAUACGAGUUUUGUCAGGAAUGAGCUGCAGAAAAAGCUAAAGAAAAGAAUGUCUAAGCUGACGUUGGUGAUAGAGGUCAUGCACUAUGACCCUGAUGCAAUAUCACUGGACCGUGAUGUUCCUGAAGAGGAGCGUCCAUUGUUGGAAGAGAAUGAAGACGGAAAUGCCAGUACCCUCUCUAAUCAGCGGGAGGAGACAAAACUCACAAAAAAACUCAGUCUUGUGCCAGACCCUAUCUUACCGGCACAGGCUAUAGCCCGGCAGCUCUUACUGACCUAUAGUUCCGUGUACAUCAGACUGUUGGUAUCUCACAGACUCCCCAGUGCCCCACAAGGACUAAUUAAUGGGAGAAGAUCUCACUGUACGACUGCUGCUCUGUGUCUUUGCCAGUACGUCAAUCUGAAAGUCUUACAUUAGAAGGGCAUUUCAGUCUCAUUCAUGCACACAUUCUAUAUAUUCCAAUAGUGCUUUAUUGACUGACAGAUAAAUAGAGUUCAUAUUUAUUUUUAGCAGGCCAGCAUCAGUUGCGGUCAGUGAUCCACUAUGUAGUGUUAGACUAGGCAUGAAUGUCUCAUAAAGUAUUAGAAAUUAUUUUACUUGACAAUGUCAAGGUACUGAUGAGUAUAAUGUGAUGAAUGUGAUUUAAUGUCAUGAUUAAAGUUCAACUUUUCUUUAAAAAUAUAUACUUUGUCAGUUGCUUGUAUGCCAAAGAUGCAUGGAUUUAUGUGAAUGAGAAAAAAUGUCAGUUUUUAGCUGACAGAAAUAAAUGUGAAAUGAC